AUGUAUGGCUGGCUGUGGGCGUUCGCUCACUGCAUCUUGGGACGCUCGCUGAGAGAACAGGCCAAGGCUAAAGGAGCAAUGACCGAGCGAGAUCCAGACGAGAGAAAGUAUGAAAAGAAGAAGUGGAAGAAGAGGAAGAAGAAGUGGAAGAAGAAGAGGAAGAAGAAGAGGAAGAAGAAGAAGAAGAAGAAGAGGAAGAAGAAGUGGAAGAAGAAGAAGAAGAAGAGGAAGAAGAAGUGGAAGAAGAAGAAGAAGAAGAGGAAGAAGAAGUGGAAGAAGAGGAAGAAGAAGAGGAAGAAGAAGUGGAAGAAGAAGAAGAAGAGGAAGAAGAAGUGGAGGAAGAAGUGGAAGAAGAAGAAGAAGAAGUGGAAGAAGAAGUGGAAGAAGAAGAAGAAGAAGAGGAAGAAGAAAUGGAAGAAGAAGAAGAAGAAGAGGAAGAAGAAGUGGAAGAAGAGGAAGAAGAAGAGGAAGAAGAAGUGGAAGAAGAAGAAGAAGAAGAGGAAGAAGAAGUGGAGGAAGAAGUGGAAGAAGAAGAAGAAGAAGAGGAAGAAGAAGUGGAAGAAGAAGAAGAAGAAGAGGAAGAAGAAGAGGAAGAAGAAGUGGAGGAAGAAGUGGAAGAAGAAGAAGAAGUGGAAGAAGAAGUGGAAGAAGAAGUGGAAGAAGAAGAAGAAGAAGGGGAAGAAGAAGUGGAAGAAGAAGAAGAAGAAGAGGAAGAAGAAGUGGAAGAAGAGGAAGAAGAAGAGGAAGAAGAAGUGGAAGAAGAAGAAGAAGAAGAGGAAGAAGAAGUGGAGGAAGAAGUGGAAGAAGAAGUGGAAGAAGAAGUGGAAGAAGAAGAAGAGAGAGGGACAGAUACCAGAGAAAGAGAGAGAGAAAGAAAAAGAGGGACAAAAACCAGAGAGAGAGGGACAGAAGAAGAAGAACUUAGAGACCACUUUCACACUCGGUCUUAGUCUAAAUGUUUCUAACUGUUUUAUUGUUGUCUUGCUUGUGUAG